AUGCUCCGUGGGCAGACACCUCCGAGGGCAACGGGGGAAACUGAGAAGAAGAAAACUCGCAUCAAGCAAAUCACUGAGCUCCUCAAGACGCUCCAGGGUUCGACGGUGGGGGCUGACCAGACCUACGCCAAGACCUUGUCCGCCGAGAAGGACAAACUUGAGGCCAAGAAGCUCUCCGAGGACCGGGAGGGCGUCGGGUGCCAGACCGCGACCUUGGAGGCGAAGCGGGACACCCUCAAGCCGACGGCCUCAGAUGCUGAGGCGGAGGUUGUGCGGCUGGAGAACGAGUUCGCCAAGAUCGCCCCCACGCGCGCGCCUCCUGAGGCGAAGGGCCAACCGACCCUCCACGAUUUGCUACCUGCAGCCGAGCUGUCGGUCCAGCAGCUGGGGGCCACGGCGGCUGGUGCGGGCCUCGACCAGACGGUCCUCCAGGAGCUGCAGGGCGACUCGACGACGCUCGCGGGCGCCCUCGGUCGGCUCCGUGAGGCUGCUGGCCCUCCUCCUGCUGCAGAGGCGUCGGCUGCGGCGCCGCGGCCUGCAGCCGCCUCAGAGGAUUCGGCUGCAGCCCAGGUGGAUGACAUUGCUAUCGACUAUGAUAACCUAACGGCGGAGGAGAUGCAGGCCAUGUUUGCCAGCAUCGGCAACGCGCCCCCUCCAGAAGCGGAGCGCCUCGAGGACUCCUUGGCCACCCUCCGCGGGAAGGCCGAGAAGACGAGG